AUGGGAAGAGAAAAUAUUUUGCACUAUCAGUUAGAACACGAGCAUGAGACGGAUCUUCCGCAAGGUCAGAUUACACCCCCGUUGGAAAAAAAACAACAUGACAUGGUCAAGAACUUGAGACAGUUGAAUCCUAACUUCCCUUUCACUUUGCUGAAGGACUCGACUAAAGAAGAAUUUUUAGAAAAUAACCAGUACUAUAUCGACUCGAUCAAACAUAACCACUCAAAUCAGGUAUUUGAGUUGAAUGGCAAAGGUCAGUCGCCACACACGUUGUGGAUUGGGUGUUCCGACUCGCGGGCUGGUGAAUCGUGUCUCUCAACAUUGCCAGGAGAGAUCUUCACCCACAGAAACAUCGGAAACAUUGUCACAGCCAACGAUUUUUCGUCACAGGGAGUGAUCCAGUUUGCGGUGGACGUAUUGAAGGUGAAGAAGAUCAUUGUUUGCGGACACACCGAUUGUGGGGGUAUCUGGGCGUCGAUGUCGUCGAAGCGUAUCGGUGGGGUGUUAGACUUGUGGUUGACACCCAUCAAACAGACGAGGGCCGCUAACUUGGCGUUGUUGGCCGAGUACAAUAACGAUCCAAAGUUGAAGGCACGCAAAUUGGCGGAAUUGAACGUGGUUCUGUCAGUGACGGCCUUAAAGAGACAUCCAUCGGCUUCGAUGGCGUUGAAGAACGGCGAUAUUGAGGUAUGGGGCAUGAUGUACGACGUCGGAACCGGUCGCUUGACCGACUUAGAGAUUCCUCUCGACGAGUUUGAGGAUUUGUUCCAUGUUCACGACAACAAGGAAGACAACGACUUUGGACACUAG